GAAGCGACUCGAGAGUUCAGUUCAGUGCACACAGCGCGUCAGUCAAUACCAGCGUGCGCUGCUGAUCUCCCUGGACUCGGAGGGGGCCUGCUGAUCUCCAACUUGUGGUUGUGGUUCGGUUGUUAGCACCCGCCAGAACGGCCAGUGUGUUUACGUGCGUGUCCGAGGACUAUCGCAUCCCAUCACCCGCAAGUAACCAGUGCCUGUGUGUGCCUGUGUUUGUUUGUCUGUGUUCGUGUUGCGGCUGUGAUUUGAAGCUUGAAGCGAACUGCACACUACAUUCUAAACCUAAUCGAAUCAGUCGAGCAUCGUCUGACGCUGUUGGCGACGGAAAAUCAACCCAAAAAUACACUCCGCCGGCAAAGACUUCACGUAGUUAAGCCGGACUAUAUUCCGACAAGAAACAGCAGUCGUAGCAGCAGCAGCAGCAGAAGCAGCGAAGGGACACCCAACAGUCACCGUGCCAGCCCGACGGUAGCUUCACCUGCCAGCCAACACGGCGCCCAGUGAUAGAUAGUAGUUAGUGAAAAGCAACAGCGCUUUAGAGAAAAAUGAAUUUUCUCGGAGCUGCUGGAGGCGCUGUUGGAGGUGACGGAGGCGACGAUGAGAACGACAAAGAGAAGGAAGAGGAGGCAGAGCGCGAACGCCAGGAGGCGAUCCGUGAGGCCGAGGAGCGACGCAAGGAGAAGCACCGCAAGAUGGAGGAGGAGCGGGAGAAGAUGCGACAGGAAAUCCGAGACAAAUAUAACAUAAAGAAAAAGGAGGAAAUUGUCGAACAGGCACCCCAGGAGGAACCAAAUCCACUGAUGCGGAAGAAGAAAACGCCCGAAGAGCUUGCGGCCGAGGCGGAACAGGAGGAUCUAGACGACUUCACGAAUGGCGAACCGUCAACCGGUAAUCGAAAGUUGAAAAACUCCAUAGAGACGCAGGUGAACGAGAUCAAGACGCAAAUCGAAGGCAAAUGCUCCUUGCAGUGAUUGUGCAACGUGCCGCGCGUGCUCUACCAACCAAGUAUUCAGUAAUAUUUGAAGACGACGACAACCGUCACAACAACACAACACCUACACACCAUAAACACAACGCGUACAGCGUGUGAGAGCGAUAUAGCAAUACUUCCAUCCCGCCCAACACGACCACCAUUUCCAUUACCAUUGCAAUGGCGCUGCAGCGAUAGUCUCCGGUGCACCACGCUGGACUGAAGAGGUAGUGAUCACCGUAACGAACGCAAUCAUUAUGCAACAAAUGCGUUAGAAGACCGUAAGAGUGUGUCCAGCGAAGUCACACCAGUGUGUGUGUGUGUGUCCCUGCGGAACGGCGGAUAGACAGUCAACAUCAGCGUGCCGCUCUUGGUCGCCAGCUUGAUUCGCAAUGUAAAGGGAAACUGUAUGCCUACUUCAACUACCAUCACGCACUGAACACCUGAACCUGCGUAACCGACGGAAGGCCAACAGCCUUCCGCCUACACACACACACACAGACACAUCAACAAGGAACCACUCAACCACACUGACACGAACUUCAAAGUCGAGCGGACAACGGACGACGGACGGUAAUGGUUGGCUUUCGGGAUGGGCGCGUACAUUCCACCAAGAAGUCGUUGUGAGUAGUAUCCCAGUAUGCAAACGGGAAGAAGAGGAAAUGAUAAGUAAUAAAAAAAAAUAUUCCAAAAAAUUGUUAAAAAUAUUAGGAGCUCUUUGCGAAACAAGGACGAAAACAAGAGAGAAAAAAAACAACCCACUUAGCGAAGUAAAUGAAAAAAAAAAACAAACAAAAAACAAAUAAGUAAAUUAGUAGUGCAGUAUAAAGAAAACAAGUAUUGUAAUGAGUACGAAACAUUAACAACACAAAAAACCAGAAAAAAGACAAACAAAAAAUUAAACUUACAUCAGGCAACCAAUAAGCAAAAAUUGUGAUUAAUCUCCCCCUGAACAAGAACACAUACAUAAACACACACACACACAUACGAAUGCUAAAGAAAACGGCAACAGCAAAUAAACCCAGUAGCAAAUAGCUACACUCUGUUUCACCUUUUCCGAUACUUUGCAAAUAAACAAAAUCUCUUUUCAUCAUCCUCUUUCCCUGUUUCCUCAUACAUUCAACGAAAGACUUUCUCAAUCACACACUCACACACACACACACACACACACACACACACUGUAGUAUGAAACAUGUAAAGGUUUUUGUUUGUAGGGAAAAUUGCAUUACUGCAUCAUGAGGAUCGUAUUUAGCGAAAUUUGUUACGUUUAAUCACUGUUUUCCGCUUUCCGCACGUUCGGAACCGAAGCGUUGUUGUUAGCCGUGUUUUAUUUUUGUUGAUAAUUCUUGAUCAAAACAAGGGCCUCUCUCUCUCUCUCGCCUCAGCUCCUAUGCAUGUGGAGAGUUGUCUGCUUCAGAUGAAGAGGAAGAAAAUAAAAAAAAUCAGAAGCAGAUGUGAAAACUGCAUCGAUCGGUUUCAGUGCGUUACACGGUUUGGGGUUCCGGACUGAUCCGGAUCCGAAGCUGUGGGGCGCUUUUCCAUUGUUUCCGGUGUUAUCGAAUCUGAACACUUGCUGAUGUGCGUGUGUGUGUGUGUUCCUGCUAUCUUUUGAGUGCGCUCGCAUGUAUGCGUGUGUGUGUUGUGUUGUUCUAUUGUCAAAAGGCAUUUAAAAAUACCACACCAUACACAUGUGUCCCAAACUAACUUCAAUGUAACUGUUCGCCCCACUCGUUUUAUUCUAAAAACAAAGUCUCUCUAUCUCUCAAUCUCUCUCUCACACACACACACACACACUUUUACUAUCGGUCUGUCUUGCUGUCCUUUUAACCGUAAUCACGUGGUAAAUGUUUGUGAUAGAGUUCCAAAGUGAUAAUUAACAAAAAUUAAUGAAGCAAAAACAGAAAAGUGCAAAACGUUUGUUAACGAAAGGCAAAGCAAUGACAGUGUACACACCAUGGCAGCUUCCCUUCUCAUUUGGAUGCUUGCAAAAGUGUGUGUGUGUGUGUGCGAAAAACGCAUUGAAACAAUUCCUUCUACGCUGUUUAAUAGGAAGAGAGGGAAAACAGAAAGGAAACAAAACUUCUCCGCCCCUCCGUCUGGCGUCGGUAGAGGGAGAAUCGUUAAGCAGCAUCACCUACAGGAACAGUCGAUAGCUCCCUCAUUAUGUGUGCGUACGUGAUGGUUUGCUUGCUGUGCCCGCGGACAGCACACUUCGUGUAAGUAAAUGCAAUGCAAAACAAAACCAACCAAAAAAAAAUGCAUAUUUUUCGCGUUACCUUUUUUGAUCGUUAGCCCAGUUUAUUGAAAAGCGUUAAGAAUGUAAUGAAAAGCAAAUAAAUACAUAACUAAACAUAAUAAUGAGAUUGCAAACAAACAUGUUUUAACUUUAGCGACAUAAAAAAAAAACAAAGCAUCAGAAGCAGCGGCAGCAAGUACUUAAGCACUUUAUCAAUGAAGUAAUCAUACAAAAGAGCGAGAGAAAGGAGAAAAAACGAACCCACUAAAACACGCAAACACAGAUACACAGACAAACACACCAUCCCAAAACCAUCGUUGACAAAGCCAGACAAUUUACUCACAUUCGUGUGAACAGAAAAAGGAAAGUAAACACACACCUUCAAGAGCCACACGUUACAGCACAGACACACUCGUGUGCUCGGGGUGGAUAUAGCACGAACAAGGCGAGAAGGAGAAAACAAAAGCAUAAUAAACAUGUAAAACAUUUAGAAGCAGAAACGAACACAACGUCAUUGGCAGUAGUGAUUGCAAGUGUGAAGUAAAAUGUAUAUUUAGAUUGAAGCAAAUACCAUAGAUAAACGAAACAGAAAACACACAAACACACAAAACACGACAACAGCAGCAAACAGAAGGGAGUAAAGCAAAGCAAAACCGAACGAGAAACUUUAGCAUUAUUGUUAUAUAUACAAAUUAUUGCUUGAAAUUCGUUGAAAGUUAAAAUACGAAAUAAUUAGCAAAAAAAGAUAAAAUCAUCAACAAAAAUGUAAAACCAAAGUUUCAAAGCUAGAACAGCCCCGGCAGAAAAUGAAAACGAUAUGAACUCAUCGAAAAAGAGCACCAACUGCUCUGAUCUCUCAAACGCAUACACACAUACACGUUCACUAGAAGAAAACAAAAACCGAGUGGCGUCUGUGGAAAAAAGGUGCAAGCGGUUGGGAAGUUAAAAGUUAAAAAUGUCAGAAACAGCUGGAAUACACCAGGACGACGAUACAAUUCGUGAUGGAUCGUAUUGAUGGUGGACGUCGAAGGAUUUUGUUUGCUCAUACGUAUAACUGGCACGAAACAACACGAAACCCGUUGAGCUCACUAGCCACCCACCGCCAUGCAGGAGGAGUAGAAUAUUGAAACAGGAAAUCGGGUGAAAAUAUAGCGCUCAUCAUCAUGCUAAUGUUCGAAUAAACUUCCCGUUUUUUCGUUUUUUUUCUUUGUUAUGCUGAAUGGUCGAAAAAGAGAUUGGAUGCAGGGUUUUUUGUUUUUGGUAGGAUCUUAGUGUAUGUUGUGUAUGUUACAGGCACCUAUAAAGAAGGGCACCUGUUGGGCUCUUUUUUCAAUGUUCACUCAUGUGUCACUAUCUACUCGCCUAAUGUUCUGUUUCACCUUUGUGUACCGUGUUUUGCUAUUGCUGUCGUAUGUCACUGUGUUUAUCUGUGUUCCAUCAUCGUCGUGUCUGUCGUGUGUAUUGCUUCUCUUUUUAUACAUUUUUGCUUCCUUUCUUCUCUAUUCUUUCCCCCUUGAUGAUGAUCGAUCGUGGAUACCGAUCAAUACACACAAACACACACACACACACACACACAUAUCCAAAACAAACAAACAAACACAAAAAAAAAACAUCGAAUUGCAGCAUCUUCAAGUGCAC